AUGGCAGGAGAACAGAAGUUCUCAGAAACAUCUGUCCAACUGACUGAAGCUGCUCCACAGACUGUGGGCAGUGGUUUUACUGCCCCGGGAAACAUUUAUUCAGCCAUUUUGAGUCGCAACGAGGCUGUUAAAGAUGCUAGGCGUCUCAAGGACUUUCAGGAGCUCAGAGACAAAUAUGUACGUAAGAAAGUGCUGUUUGAAGACCCCCUGUUCCCUGCCCAGGAUUCCUCUCUCUUCUACAGUGAAAAGUUCCCUCUAAAGCUUGAAUGGAAGCGCCCAUCGGACAUUUGUAGCAAUCCACAGUUCAUUCUUGGGGGAGCCAACAGGACAGAUAUCUGCCAAGGAGACCUGGGAGACUGCUGGCUGCUGGCUGCCAUUACUUGCCUGACCCUGAAUGAUAUAGUCCUGAAGAGGGUGGUUCCCCAUGACCAGAGCUUCACUGAAAACUAUGCUGGCAUUUUCCAUUUCCAGUUCUGGCGCUAUGGGGAGUGGGUGGAUGUGGUUGUGGAUGAUCGACUUCCUACAUACAAAAACCAGUUGGUGUUUACUAGGUCUGGACAGAAGAAUGAAUUUUGGAGCGCUCUUCUGGAGAAGGCAUAUGCAAAGUUACAUGGCACUUAUGAGGCUUUAAAGGGAGGAAACUCACUGGAGGCCAUGGAGGACUUCACUGGAGGAGUAACUGAGUUCUUUGAGAUUACAGAGGCCCCGAAGGACCUGUACAACAUCAUGAGAAAGGCUCUGAAGAGAGGGUCCCUUAUGAGCUGUGCCAUAGAUAUUUUGGUUCCAACUGCUCAAAGGACUAAAACGGCAUCUGGACUCGUGAGAGGCCAUGCAUAUUCAGUCACUGGAGUUGAGCAGGGUAAACGUAAAGAUGGUAAAGACCUUAUGAUCUGUCUUGUUCGUGUGCGAGACCCCUGGGGAGUUGCCCCCCCUCCUGCCUGUAAGUCUAAUGACUGGGCUGCACUAGCCACAUCUGAGCAAGAGAAGGAGAGACUCCGGCCUACAGAGCAAGGGGAGUUCUGGAUGUGCUUUGAGGAGUUUAAGAAGAACUUUACCAAACUGGAGAUCUGUAAUGUCACCCCAGACACUCUUGAGGAUGACAAGAUGCUCAAGUGGAAUGUGACCAUACAUGAGGGCCGAUGGGUGAAAGGCUGCUCUGCUGGUGGCUGCAGAAACUUUCUGGAUACAUACUGGACGAACUCUCAGUUCCGCCUGGUUCUUCUGGAGGCGGACACUAAAGAGAAGACCUGUACGGUGGUGGUGGCAUUAAUGCAGAAGGACAGAAGAAAAGAGCGCUGCUCAGGUGCCACCCUACACAACAUUGGCUUCGCCAUCUAUGAGGUUCCUAAUGAGAUGAAGGGCAACCAACAACAGCUGCCAAAGGACUUCUUCAUUUAUAAUGCUUCUACAGCUCGCUGCAAGUCCUAUGCCAACAUGCGUGAGGUGACGGAGCGUUUUUGCCUGAAACUGGGCGAGUAUGUCAUUAUCCCAUCCACCUUUGAUCCCCACAAGGAGAGCGAGUUUCUGCUCCGAGUCUUCUCUGAGAACAGGAGCACCUCAGAGGUUAUAGGUGCAGAGAUUGAGGGGGAUUCUAUGGAUGAUGUCAAGAAGAAAAUCAAGCCAUUUGAGGAGGAGGAGACUGAAGAGGAAAAGCAGUUCAGAGCCAUCUUUCAGCAGUUAGCUGGAGACGACAUGCAGAUUAAUGCCAAUGAACUCAGAACUGUCCUUAAUAGAGUGGUUGCCAAACAUAAAGAGCUGAAAACAGAGGGGUUCAGUCUGGAGAGCUGCAGAAGUAUGAUUGCACUUAUGGAUACUGAUGGAACAGGCCACCUAAACCUGCAAGAGUUUAAACACUUAUGGAACAAGAUUAAAAAGUGGAAGCUGGUGUUCACACGUUUUGACACCGACAAAUCCAGUACGAUCAGCAGUUUUGAGAUGAGGAACGCUCUUACUGAAGCAGGUUUUCAACUCAACAACCAGCUGUAUGACAUUAUUUGCAUGCGAUACGCCAACGAACACAUGGAGAUGGAUUUUGACAGCUACAUUAGCUGCUUAGUGCGACUUGAGGGAAUGUUCAGGGCAUUCAGAGCCUUUGACAAGGAUGGAGAUGGCAUUAUCAAGCUCAAUGUUUUUGAGUGGCUUCAACUGACCAUGUAUGCCUAAAGACACAAACACAUAUAAGAUCAACCUGGUGGAAAGUCAGUGGUCUUUUCCCGUUUUCAACCUCCAUUAAGUGGAGAAAGAUCUGGAUUCGAAUCAAUUGUACUGUACACCACUGUGGCUUCUUUCUUCAGCAAAUGCGGGUCUAGAACAAACUGGUUUGAUUAUGAGCUACUGAAUGGACCAUGACAGCUCAUUUAGGUCUUGUAAAACACUUAUUUGAUCGACUGUAUGUUUAAGAUUGAUAUGACAAUGUUGUCAUAUUAAAUGUCAUGCCAAAAAUGACACUCAUUUGAACCCAUCCUUGAAAAAUGUGUGUGCUACUGUGCAACUGUAAAUAAUUCAACUAAAUAAAGUGUUCAACUUCGAACGGUUCUAUUCCAGUUGUUACCAUAGCCAUGAUUUGCAGAGCAUAAACAAACAGCACAAAAUAGUACAAUAAAUGUGACCCUGGACCACAAAACCAGUCAUAAGGGUUUUAUGAUUACAUUUAUUCACAAUUAACCUUGAGUAUAAACAAAGCUUCUUGUGCUGGAGUAGCAAGAACACAGAUAAUAAAAACAAGUUAAAAAAACAAUUAUUUUGAACAUUUUAAAAUAUUAUUUCGAUUCCUGUGAAUAAAACAACUAUAAACCUCUGAGAGCAAGAAUGAAUAUGUUAGUUUGAUGUCUUGUAAGCAUUAUUAACUGAACUGAUGAUUCCAUAUUACUACACUACUUACUGUACUAGGCAAAGAAUGAACAUAUUCAACUGAUGCUUUUUUGAAAGUCUUUUAACUGACCCGAAUCUUCAGAUGGAUGGAAGCUUUGCUGGACUCUGAGAUCUCCUUCCAUGCAAAAACUUUCGAGCAAACUUUUUUUUUUUUUUAAACGUGUCAACAUA